GGUCAAAUCAGUAAAGGCUGCACGGGCUCCAGUGAAGGUCCGCCCCUCCGCGGGGAGAAGCUGGGACGGGAUGCCCGCGCCUGCUCUGCCGCUCCCGGUCCCGUCUCGCCCUGACCCCCGUCAGCAUCCAUGAAGCCCCCGCUGAUGAAGGCCCCAGCUGCCAAAGUGAGGCGGAAAGUGGCCGGAGACAGCGAGCAUGUACUGGCGCGUCGGGCUCGCCUGGACCGGGUCGUGCGUGGUUGAACUUGGCCACAACCAGAGCUUCUCCUCCGGCCUCGCCGGCUCCGGUGAGCCGCUCUCGUGGUACGGGUGCAUGAUCAUCGCCUGCCCGCUGCAGGACUACGGCGGGAUCAUGUCGGCUCUGGGCUCGGAUUCGUGGUGGAGGAAAACCCUGUAUUUGACCGGAGGGGCUCUGCUCGCCGCUGCUGCUUAUCUGCUGCACGAACUGCUGGCCAUCAGAAAACAGGAAGAGCUGGACUCUAAAGAUGCCAUAAUACUCCACCAGUUCUCCAGGCCCAAGUCUGGCGCCCCAUCCCUCUCUCCUUUCUGCCUUAAGCUGGAGACCUACCUCCGUAUGGCUGACCUGCCCUACCAGAACUACUUUGAUGGGAGGCUUUCACCACAGGGGAAGAUGCCGUGGAUCGAGUACAACCAGGAACAGGUGUUUGGCGCCGAAUUCAUCAUUGACUUCCUGGAGGAGAAGCUCGGUGUGAGCCUCAACAAGAGCCUGACGCUGCAGGAGAAAGCCAUGUCCCGUGCCAUCACCAAAAUGCUGGAAGAGCACUUCUACUGGACUAUAGCCUACUGUCAGUGGGUGGACAACCUAGAAGAGACCCAGAAGAUGCUGUCGGUGAGCGGACCGCUGAGCGAGUUGCUCAAGUGGAUUCUGAGUCACCUGACCAGCGGGAUCGUGAAGAGAGAGAUGUACGGCCACGGGAUCGGACGCUUCUCUACGGAGGAGGUUUACGCCCUGAUGGAGAAGGACAUGCGCACACUGGCCACCCUGCUAGGUGACAAGAAAUACCUUAUGGGCUCAAAGCUUUCAUCAGUGGAUGCAACAGUGUUUGGUCAUCUGGCCCCAGCCAUGUGGACGCUACCAGGAUCCCGACCAGAGCAACUAAUCAAAGGUGAGCUGAUCAACCUGGGCAUGUACUGCGAGCGCAUCCGCAGACGCUUCUGGCCCGAGUGGUUCGUGGACCUGGAGGACUUCUGCUACGACGAAACCAUAGAGGGCAGCGACUCAAAGUUCCCCGACCUGGGCCUCUACUCCCGCACAGAAACCUCCCAGGACAAGACACGCUCGCUCAAGUCACACGCUCACACACCUCCAGACCCGCCGUCCCCCGUCAGCGACCCCACGGGCCACUCGCUGUACGACUCCGACAUGGACACCGAGUGCUCUGAAAUUGACCAGCUCAAGUGCUGACGAAACACACGCUCUUAGUACACUCCCCCCCCCCCCCGAAUACUCACCCCACAGGAGGGAGCUGCAACCUGCAGUCCACCCCCCCAAACCUCCAGCCCCCACCCCACCUGUGGAACAGGAAUGAAACUGGGGACUAUUUCCGCGCGGUGUGGUCUGUGUAAACAGAAAACAAGAAAACGGUUACCUUGCAAAGAUGUUGCAAAUGUGAGUGGAGGAAAGAUUGCAGUAGAAGGAAAAAAUACUAAAGGAAAAAGAAAAUUCAAGAGAAAAAAGAAUGAGAAAGCAGAAAAGAAAUUGUUGUGGAGAUGGAAAUAAAGCAUAAAACACGGGUUUGAAAGUAGCAACUAGAAAGGAGUGAAUGACGCUGUUGCUGAGAAACUCCUCCACCUGGCUGACAUCAUCUGCAUUCGCAACCUUUAACUGUGUCGCAUUGCUGUAACCAUGGCAACUGCAUUCCUACAUGCCCCUCACCCUCCUCCCCAUGGUACCUUGUAGCAUUUUGCACCACCAAGUACAUGUGUGUGUGCGUGUGUGUGUGAGUGUGUGCGUGUAUGUUUUAACUAACUGAUCCAUUAAUGCCUUGUGCUGAGGUGACAUCGACGGUCUGGAUUCAUAUCAAUGAAAACAGUGUAAAUAUAUAAAAGAAUCUGACUGGAUUCUCAGAGGAAUUGAUUAUAUAUUGUGAAUAUAAGCCCAGAAAUAGAGAAUCAUCUCCUCUAUCAUAUGGUGUACAUACUGUAGGUGAUUCUUCUUUUAAACCCACUUUGUGUCGAACACAAUCUCCAGAAACGCCCGCUCCGCUGGUCUCCGAUCAAUAUAAUAAUAAUAAAAGAGGAGCCUUGUUUACACAACAGGGAUGUCCCAGUAAUGCCUGCUGCUCAUAUUUAGGUAGUGCCGUUACGCUUCAGAGCCGAUAAAGGAUCCCAUGAGUACUUUGAAACUGAAGUUUGUCUUAUUUAGACGGUAGAAAAAGAUCCCUGACACACACACACACACGUUUGAUCAUAGUAGCUUUAAGUUAAACACUUUUAACAUGCCUUGAACCCCUAAGAGCGAGUCAAGCAAUCAUUUAAAAGUCAACUAAAUUCAUAUUUAAUGAAUGAAAGUGAAUCGGUGCCCACCGAAAUCUCCCUCCCUGCUUCACAUAGAGAAAUAUCUAAGUUUGAUAUUGUAAUGCAGAUUUCUUUCAGUGCCUCAGGCCAAACCAACCACACAAAAAUGUAGCCGAUGGAUCUUUGAAGAAAGAGUCUUGUCCUUUUUUUUCCUUUUUUUUUU